AUGCCACGUCCAAAACGAACAAAAAUAACUCGUCCUGCUGCGAAUGCGCCCACUUUGCACGUCAUACAAUCAACGAAACCAGUCGAGACAGAAUCUGUACCAGAUGCAACACCAGCGGCGCGUCCAUUCGAUGAAUUAUAUGAUAUUAGCGAUGAGGAAUUUAAUAGAUCUGCGAGUGCGAAAAAGCUGAACAAGGGAAAGACUGUUGCGAUACGAAGUAGCGGUCGCAAUGCUUCACGCAACAUUGAAGAUACAGAACCUAGGAAAGCCAAGGAUACCGCGAAACCGAACAAUGCGCCAGAAUUACAAUCAGAUGAGGAUGCUAUGCAGAUACCUAGUAGUCCUCGAAUCGAGGCUGGAAGAAGAGGUAGACCUACAUCUGCCAUGGACAAUUCUGUGCUUGCGAUUGGCAAUUUUCGGAGGAGGGCUCGAGAACCAAGUAUACUAGGACAGCAAACCGCACGAGCUCGAUCCAGUAGUAUAGAUUCGGACUUGGCAGAAGAGAACGGUCUUACAAGUGUUGGCAAGAGGAAUGCAUCUGGGCUAGGCUUGGGAUCAUUCAGAGGACGUGCCGGAUCAAGGAGACCAAGUAGCGUAGGCCGGGAUAGACCAGAAAUUGGAUCAGUUUUGCGACUUGGUAACUUCAAAAGAAGAGCUCGGGAACCUAGUAUUUUGGGAACGGCGCGAAAACCACAGCAAUCAAGACCUACAUUUGGUUCGGACUCAGAUUCGGAUGAUUUUGCGCCCGAAGAUGAAUCAACGCCUUUGAACUUUGCCAAAGCAAGAGCUGUACCUUCAUCUUCGAGUUCAAGGAAACGGAAACUAUCCAGCGUACAAGUCCCACGUUCACAAGAGGCUGCGCAGGCCCAACCAAGUCCUUCUAAAUUGCCUGUAGAAGACUCAGAGCCUGAAGACACAAUCCCUGCGACUGCGCCGAUAGAAAGCGAUGAGGAGGAUGAUUUACCGGAACUUGAAAAGGAGCCUUCGCUUGAGGAUUCGCCGUUGUCAUCAAUCGAACGUGUUUCAACCCCCGAGCCUAUGAGUGAAACUAUGGCACCUCCAUGUGGUAGUAGUUCUCCUCUUUCACCUGCUCAAUCUUUACCAUCACCUCCACCCCCGCAUCAACCUGUCUUAAAUCCACGUCAAGCAAUUAUUCGACCUCGACGCAUAAUAAAUCCUCGAACUCCAACGCGUGCCACAAAUUCAGAAACACAAUCUUCACCCAUAUCUUCUCCACCAUCACUCACACAUUCCCCUGAUAUACCCACUCGUUCUACCUCCAAAAGACCCACUCGUAAAGCCGAACCUCAACCUGCAACCCUCUCUACCGCAGCUCUUCAAGCUCUUCUUCCCAGGCGUCGUCAACGUAAUCGGUCCGCUUUAGAUGUGGAAUCCUCGGAUAGUGAAGUCGAUGUUACCGGUCUUGGCGAACACGAUGACGAACUAACCAUAACCGCCGCCCCAACUUCUCGUCGCCAAGCUUCCGUUAGACCUAUUUCUAAAGCAUCUGUCCCAUCUUCAAAACGUACUCAAAAGACUAAAUCUACUGCCAAAGGUAAAGGAAAAAGAACCUACGGAAGGACCCUGGUAACCACAACAUCAGAUAAGGAAAAUGAAGUCGACCCAGAUGAUAGUUUGGCAUCUCUACAAGACGAAGCAGCACCAGAAGAGCCCCGAAGUGAAAACAGUCCCGAACUCGAGAAGAGAGUAGGAAAGGAAUUGAAAAAGGCAGCAAAGAAAUUCCAAGAAGUUGACAAGUGGGAGUUAGAUUUUGAGGAAUGCGAGGCGAGUAGUGAUCAACUAGCUCGCUAG